GCCACAAACCAUAGCAACCGUAGGAAAAGUAACCGCACUGGAAAAAAGUCGAAGAGAUAUUUUCCCACGGCAAAAAUCUCUCUAUAUAUUUAUCACUUGGCAGAUUGCUUCCUCAACAAACCAUCUUAAACCCUAGCGCCGACUCUCCGCUUCUGCUCUUCUCUCUCUAAAACCCUUACGAUUCUUGUAAAUGGCGUGCUUCAACAAGUUCGGAGCCACAUUGAGGCAAAGCAUUUCUGCGAGCAAUGCUAUGAGUGGAUCAUCUUCCAUGCUUAAUGCUAUCCGUGCAAUGUCCUCGAAGCUUUUUGUUGGAGGUCUCUCAUAUGGAACUGAUGACCGGUCUCUGAAAGAUGCUUUUGCCAGCUUUGGUGAAGUUACGGAGGCAAGAGUUAUUAUUGACAGAGAUUCUGGGAGGUCGAGAGGAUUUGGCUUUGUGAAUUUUUCAUGUGAUGAAUCUGCAUCCUCAGCACUCUCAGCCAUGGAUGGACAGGAAUUAAAUGGGAGGAACAUCCGAGUGAGUUUUGCGCAGGAAAAGGCUCCUCGCAGUAAUUUUGGCAGCGGCGGCGGUGGUUUCCGUGGUGGUUAUGGUGGUAGUGGAGCAAAUGAUGGCUUCUAAUCUAUCGUCUGAGCUUGUUCUAUUGUGUUUAGAGGCACGACAAAUUAAAAAUUAGGAUUUUGAUCGUUGCUUUGUGCUCGCUUGCUUUCUUAGCGACUCUGUUUUGGUAGUAUGUAAUCUUAUUAUUCAUAAAUGAUUGUCUGGGAACUUUGGGUUAUGCAGAGUAUUAUGUGGUGCUCAUUUUGCUA